ACCAACUGAGCAAGAGACCACAGGCACAGAAGAGGGCACCACAGCAGGACAGUCCAAUCAGGGCGCUAGGGCCACUCGACCAGGCUCUCCAGGCAGUGCCAGUGGCUCCACUGUGUCUGGAUCAUCUGUGGCAGGGCAACACACCAAGGCUCCAUCAUCCCAGGGCUCUAGCACCACUGGACCAGCACCUAAUGACUCUGGAAAAACAGGGCCACCUGCAGAAAGCUCUGGGACCUCAGGCGAGCCUCAGGAAGGAUGUCAGUCCACAAGCUCAUCUGUCAAUCAACCUCGCACCUCUCAACCAGCUGCAGUGCAGUCUAGAACCACUGGGCUAUCUGUCAUGGAGGCAGGAACCACAGGGCAAUCCGUGCAAGACUCCAGGACCACCUGGCCUGGCUCAGCAGGCAGUAGCAGUGGACCCACUGGGGCUGGAACAGCAGGAGCAGGGCGCCAGACCACGGCUCCAUCAUCCCAGGGCUCUGGCACCACUGGACCAUCUUUUGUUGUCUCUCAGACUUCAAGCCAGUCUAAGGAAGGAUCUGAAUCCACAGGCUCAUCUGUCAUAGGAUCUGAUUCCACUUCAACCUCCUUGGUGUACCCAUGGGCACCACUGGCUUCUCUUCUACCCUGGUGGGCACUACUGCUUCCUCGGUGGGCAUUGUCACAACCACAAGAGUUUUUCCUCAGGGAUCCUCUGCUGACACAGCUCCAGGAGUCUCAAGCAAUGGAAUUCCUCCAGAACUCGUUGAAUUGCCAUCAAAACAGCCAGAAGUAACAGAAACCACUGGAAAAGGAGAAGAAGACCAAGAAGCAAAAUAUAAAACAGGUUGUCCAGCUGCCCUGCCUCCGCCUCCAGGCCUCACCUGUCAGGAAUCAUCUGGUGAAUGCCACUCCUGUGGGAAUGUUGCUGAAAGGGAAAACCUGAGUGACUACAUUUAG